UGAUCCGUUUGUCACCUCCAAAACUCCUCAAUUAAUUUCAUUUAUCCUCCUGAAGAAAAAGUCGUCUACAACGAAGGUAAAGAUACAGUACUUCGCAAGCAACACACCUCCAUGCUCCCCAAACUGUCAAAACGCAUUUCAGUGUAGAUCUCAAAAAAUGGACGAUUGAGAAAUGUCCGACACACGUAACACGUGAACUUUCCACCAUCAAAUUAAUUUCUUUCAUCAUCUCAUGAUCAUCCUAAAAUAAACGCCCUUUCUCUUUUUUAUUAAUUUCAAUUCUCUCUUUCUCUCUCCUCUGAAACCUUACUACUCCGCCAAUUAUCGCCAUCUUCAUCUUCGACUUACCUUCGAUUAUUUUAGUGCAGUUUGUGGUUAUUGGAUGUUGAAUCAUCACCCUGUUGAUGUUUGGAAUUUGAGUGCUUGAAACAAGUAGUGGUGAAAAUGGAUACUGACUCUGUGGAUUCAUCAAUUGCACUUCCUGCCAAGGCUUCAGAUGUGCAGCCUGCUCCUGCUGCAGAGGCCGGGGUGAAUAGUGCCACAAGUGAUGCAUCUUCUAAACAACCAAUCUCAGGCAUAUCGUCAUGGGCAAGGAACUUGAAAAUUCCGCAGCCAAUGGCUGGAGGACAAGUUGAAUCGCCAGCUGAGAACUCUCCUAAAUCGGCCUUUGCACGGUUUACGAGUGGAAUAACAUCGCGGUUGUCCCCAAGAGAGUCGGCACCAGAACAAGUUGCUGAUGCGGGAUCUUCUCAGUCGAAUUUUAUUGGAACCAUCACUAAAGGGUUGGUUGAUUCGUCUAAAAGUGCUGCAAGAGCUGUGUCAGUCAAGGCCCGGCAUGUUGUCUCGCAAAACAAACGAAGAUAUCAGGAAGAUGGAUAUGAUUUGGAUAUGACAUAUAUUACUGAGAAUAUUCUUGCUAUGGGAUUCCCAGCUGGUGAUAUGAGUUCAGGAUUUUUUGGAUAUCUAGAGGGUUUGUAUCGUAAUCAUAUGGAGGAAGUGAUCAGCUUCUUAGAAAGCCAUCAUAAGGGCAAGUACAAAGUUUACAAUCUUUGCUCUGAAAGAUUGUAUGAUGCCUCACUUUUUGAAGGAAAGGUUGCUAGUUGCCCAUUUGAUGACCACAAUUGCCCUCCAAUUCAACUCAUUAUAUCGUUUUGCCAAAGUGCUUACUCAUGGUUGAAGGAGGAUAUUGAGAAUGUUGUGGUUGUGCAUUGUAAGGCUGGAAUGGCUCGGACUGGUUUAAUGAUUUCCAGUCUUCUUUUGUACUUGAAGUUCUUCCCAACUGCCGAGGAGUCAAUUGAUUACUAUAAUCUCAAAAGAUGCUUUGAUGGAAAGGCUCUUGUUCUGCCAAGUCAGAUUAGGUACGUCAAGUAUUUUGAACGAACUUUAACGUACUUCAACGGUGAGAAUCAGCCUGGGCGUAGGUGCAUGCUUAGGGGGUUUAGACUUCACAGGUGUCCUUAUUGGAUCAGGCCCCACAUAACUGUCUCAGAUCACAAUGGUGUAUUAUUUUCAACAAAGAAACAUGCAAGAACAAAGGAUCUGUCGACUGAGGAUUUCUGGUUCAGUGCACCAAAGAAAGGGAUAAUGGUGUUUGCGUUGCCUGGAGAGCCCGGACUAACAGAAUUGUCUGGGGACUUUAAAGUCACAUUUCAUGACCGCCAAGGAGAUUUUUACUUUUGGUUAAACACGACAAUGGUAGAAAAUAGAAAGAUCUUGAACACCGGUGAUAUGGAUGGUUUCGACAAGCGGAAGCUGCCUUCCCCUGGGUUCCAAGUUGAGAUUGUCCUUGUAGACUAUGAUGACACCCUACCACAACCUCAGCCUGUUAACGUGACCCAGAAGCCAGAUGAGAAGCCUGCAGCUCCAUCUGAACCCGUAAUUGAGGCCUCGUCUACUGCAAAAGCUUCUGAAAGUGAACAAGAAGACAAAGAUGAUGUCUUUUCUGAUGACGAGGCUGAUGGAUCAGGCAAUGGAAGAAGUAGAAAAGGUCAGGCAGAUUCUUUUGUGAAAUCGACUGCCCCUCCCUCUGAAACUAAAACCCCUUCAGAUCAUAAGGUGGACAGUUUGACUCGUGGAGUUGAAAAGGUAUCAGUUAGUAAAGGAGGUUCCACAGAAGGCCGAUCGGUAAAUGACUCUAAAAGUGAGACUGCUACGGGAACUGGAACAGGCCUUGCGACGCCUAACUCUGAUGGGGUUAGUGACUUCAAGGCAAUGGCAGCUGAUGCUUCUGUAUUUUCAUUUGGUGAUGAUGAAGAUUAUGAAAGUGACUGAACUUGGGGCCUUGUUGCUUGAUUGCUUCAAUUCAGCAAGCUGUACAUAAAAAAAGCUCCAAUACCAUAGCAAAAUCAUUUCCUUUGGUUUAGGAAGUUCAUGCCUUAUUCAUUUUGUGUUCAUUUGUUUAUGUGGCUUCGCCAUGAAUUGUGGAUAAAGGUUCGCAGUGUAGUUUGUACCAAUGUUUUUGGGAUGUACUUGUGUACUCUCUCUGCUUUGUUACAAUCUUUUCUUCUUUUGGCACCAAUCGAACAAAUGUGUCAAUCAUUUAUGAAGUCUUCUUUCCUUCUGUUAA